AGGAUAGAAUAUGUAACGUACACAACGUAUCACGUUGAAACAUAACAUGGCUGACUUUGUUGAGUUCGUGAGUUCGUGACUUAUGUAACAUGAAAGAACUUACCGUGUAGUGAUUAGAUGGCAAGCUUACUUGGCCAUUUGCACUUCUGGUCAUUGAGGAAGUUUGCAAACAGGACAGGUUCUGAUAUUGGCACCCAUAUUUACCAUGAUAAAGCUUCUGGUACAGGCCCUACAGGGGACACAUCUUACUCUGAACAAAGGAGACUUUGGGGAGAGGACAGGGGAAUAUCAUGGACACCGAAAAACCGUAGACCAGAGAAGCUAAGAGAUGUACUUAAAGAGUGUGAGGAUUUGUUACAGCAGAACAGAGUCCUUGAUGUUCGAUGGAGAACUUUAAGAAAUAUACAGGUGCUUCUUAGUAAUGGAUCUUUGAUUUCCAUCUUGGUGUCCUCUUCUUCUGGUGAUAUUGAAAAAAUUUCCCUUGACAAGAGUUUAACUGGAAAAGUUCCUGAUGCAAUAAACAAAGCAAUUGUCAGAGACUCUUUUUUGUUGUUCUCGCUAAAGGAAAAACCUAAAAUUUGCUAUAUGUAUUUUAACAAAAAACCAAGCCUGGACUUCAAAAAGCUGGAAAAAUUGUCAGCCAUGGAACCAAAGACAAUGUACAUUGAUCUACCUGGGCCAUCAAGUAAGAGACUUGACAGGCACUUGUCAAUCAACUCACGCCAAGACAUGGCACUGGUUUGGUGGUCUGGCCACAGUGAAGAAGCUUGGCCAUGGUCUCCAAUGACAGCUGAAAAGGACAGAGCAAAUAUGGCCAUCUUUAGUUUGAAUGGGCCAAAGAUAACAGAUACAUAUCGAUGCUGUCCAAUAAUAUACUAUGUUAAAUUAAAUCAUGUAAUUAUAACAGGUUGUGUUCACUCAGAUGAAAUGCCUGUAAAUUAUAAUGCUUUGUUCAGUUUCAAUCAGCCCCACCACAUUCUUACCUUGGAGCAGUCAUCAGCUGGAGGAGGAGAAAAUAGCAUUGAUAGUUGUAUUUAUGUUUACAAUGGCACCAAGAUUGAAAAACUCUCUACUACCACUAUUCCAUUAAAAGCUUCAAUUAUUGUUCAACAAAGAAAUCACGCUGAAGACAAACUACUGUUGGGAUGUGAGGAUGGCACUUUGAUGCUGUAUGAUGACCACAGACGAGUGACCCAGAUGACAAAAGGCAGCCUGAUUCCAUCAAUUAUACAUUGGCAUCCUGGUGAUGCUGUGGUGCUAGUAUGUAGUGCUGAUGGAGACAUUAAGGUAUAUGACAUGGCAUUGGCUCCAGUCCUUAUUCAACUUGUAGCAGAAAAUCCUUCCCCACAACAUACAUUGAAGCUCCGUGAAUACUUACUGAACCCAGUGAAACUGAAUAAGGUGUCCUGGUCAUGCGAAGCUCCUAUUGGUAACCUCUCGGAUAACAGUUUAUGUUGCCAUGACAACUUGGUUAUCUUGUUUGACAGGGGACCUUUGUGUUUGUUGAGACUUGAAUUAGGUGUGUUGACAAAUGGACGACUUGGCACAGUGGAGCUGGUGUCAGAGUAUAUUAAACAUGAACAAGCUGAAGAGGCAGUGAACUUUCUUAACAGUAUGAACUGGAACACGGAGGGCAAUGCUUGUUUUGCCUGCAUGUCCACUAUUAUGAAUUAUCUACUAAAACUUCCGCUGAACUCUGAGAGGGAAGGUCUUCUUGAAGAGACACUUGGUAGUUUUUAUGCACCCAGCCGACCGCUCUCAGAUGAAACAGUUCUACAUCACAGAGACAUGAUCAGUAAAUUGUCUAGAAGAUUCUUCCAUCACUUGCUUAGAUUUAGAAGAUUUGAAAAGGCAUUUCUAUUAGCUGUAGACAUAGGAGCAAAAGACCUUUUCAUGGACAUUCAUUACCUGGCUGCUGACCUUGGUAAUUUACCACUUGCUGAAGUAGCAAAGCAAAGAGCCAUACAAAUUGACAAUGAAUCUCUAACAUCAGAUACUGGUGAAUCAUAUGAUGAUGAAGAAGAGGACCUGUCCUACAUUGAGGAGGAAAUGGCCAAUGGUCUUAUAAGGAGUAGCGAUGGUGUUUAUUAUCACAAUGAUGAGUAUGAUUACAUGCAUAAUCACACAGUAACAUCUCAUCACCUGAUGCCAUUGGAGGAUGAGGACAGUGAUGGUGCCAAUUUUAUGCAAGGAGCACAAAGAAGUCAGCACUAUUCAGGGCAAGGAAUUGAUGAGCUGGGAAUUGAUGAUUCAGAGGAGAUAGCAAAUCCUGCUGGAACACUGAAAAUUGUACAUUUUGGUGUGGUGUGAUACAAGUAUUAUUCCUCAUGUUCUGACUAAAGUUUUUUUCAAGCUCUUGAUGUAUGAAUCUCAAAGCUAUCACCUUUAAGAGAUAAGUGUUGAUAACACAAACUACAGCGUUCACUACUAUUAUCUUCAGAGUAACAAUUUGUCUGGCAGAUAAAAUGAUAUCUGCCCUUUCUUAUAUCCUUUUUGCUUUCAAGAUUUGAUAUGCAACUCUCCUUUAACUUGUCCUACAUUUCCUUAUAUAUUAGUUAUGAGAAUUUGGUUACCUAUUAAGAAAGCAUUUUCUAGUUGAUUACUCUGUUUAUUCUCAUCACUUUCUUGUUGGAUAUUGUAUUGAAAUUGUGAUGAGAAGGUGUAAGUUUGUCACCUUUGGUAAUCAGAAACAGGUUUUAAAAAACCCUCUCUGUUAUGUUCAAGUUUACAUUUAUGUUCUUUAGGGAAGCUACACCUUAAAUGUUAACUCUUGGUGUAGAUUUAUUUAAUGUUUGUAAUUUUGUGCCAAGUUCUAUGCUCCACAAACUGCAUUUGUACAUUGUACUCAAAUUAAUGAUAUUUAUACUGUGUUUACAUGAAAUCCCAUAUUUUCAAAUUUAUCUUUAUUACCGUUCAUUGUACAGGCAUGAGUCAAGAUACACUUUACAUUUUCAAAACAUAUUUUAUGUCAAAUUUUAUACAUUUCAUAUGUAAAUUAUUUUCAUACUAAGUGCAUUGUUACUGCAUGUUUAGGUGUUCUUGUUACCCAGUAGUAAUACUGAUGGUUGUUAAGUAACUUUUUGGCCUCUAGAGUUUGUACUUAAAAAAAAUCCUUGAAAAAAAAAAAUAAAACUCAA